AAGAAGAAAACUCUUCGAGCUCAACAGGUUAUGGGCCCAGGCGUGACACAACAGGAGGAAGAUGGCAGAGGUGAAGUCCAGUAUAGCGGUCGGGUGACGGAUGACUUGGACAAACGGCUCCUCAACACGUUCACGAGUGUCUGGUUCAGUGAGAGCACCUUCAGUGAAGCAUUCUGCUUCUUUAAGGGCUACAGCAUCCCUGCCAAGGCGAAGAGCAUCCUGGAGGUCCUGCAGCACAUCGAGGGUCUGCCGCUGGUCGACUCACCGGAGGUGUUUGGACUCCACCCCAACGCUGACAUCACCUACCAGACCAACCUGGCGAAUGACACGCUCAGCACCAUAACCAACAUCCAACCGAAGGACACCGGAGGCGGGGCCGGGGAGACCAGGGAGGACACUGUGCAGAGACUAGCCAAUGAGAUGCUGGAGAAGCUGCCACCUGACUACAUCCCACAUGAGGUCAAAGGUCAACUCCAGAAGAUGGGUCCUCUUCAGCCAAUGAACAUCUUCCUCCGACAGGAGUUGGACCGAAUGCAGCGUGUCAUCAGCAGCGUACGGAGCACGCUCACUGACCUCAGACUGGCCAUCGAUGGGACCAUCAUCAUGUCUGAAGACCUGCGCUGGGCCUUGGACACGGUCACCCUUAGCAACGAUGUCACCAAGAUGAUGAGGGAGGACAUCUCAGCUCCGCCCCCUGAAGAUGUGGGUGGAGUCUAUAUCUAUGGCCUCUUUCUGGAUGGAGCGGGAUGGGACAGACGUGGCGCCAAACUCACUGAGGCUCCGCCCAAAGUCCUCUUCACCCCCCUCCCUGUGGUCCACGUCUUCGCCGUCAGCUCAGCCAACAUGGCCGACAGUAAGCGUCCCCCUGGCGGCGGGGGGGCGGUCAGCCUGUACUCAUGUCCCGUCUACAAGAAGCCUCGACGCACCGACCUGAACUUCAUCUUCUCCCUGCAGCUGAGGAGCGUGCAGCCGCCCGAGCGCUGGACGCUGCGAGGCGCCGCGCUGCUCUGCGACUGAAAGUGAUCCAAACGCUGUUGUUCCACAGACACUGACAGACACUCACCGUGGGGCUCUGCUGUGUCUCACUCAGUUUGAGCUUUUUUUAUUCUGAUUUUCUGAUGUUUUCCAUUUUUCUUCAGCACCAAACAUGUUUGUAGGUUUUUAGUCAGUUAAAUUUAUGAAAAUCAAAAUGUUUCCACCUCUUCUCUCUGCAAGUCUCUAAUAAUAAUAAUAAUAAUAAUAAUAAUAAUAAUAGUAAUAACAGUAAUAAUAGUAACAUUAAUGAUUUUGUAUGUGACCUCACACAGUAAAGCUGAUGUGAGGAUCAUCACAGUUUCGGUGGUUGUAUGAACUUAGAAUGCAUAAAAUAAUAAUUUGUUUUAAUUAAAAAAACUUUCCGUCUGUCAUUUCCUGAUUGUUUCAAAAUAAAAGUCCCCUGUUUCAUGUUUUGAAGG